UAUGGCCUUCAAUGCCAGAACUGAAAGACCUUAACCAGACUGCUCCUUUUUCGGUCUGAUCGACGCAGUUGCUGAAAGCUGAAAUGCAGAUUAAUAUCCACUCCUUUGAUCAAUCUAUGUUCGGUUAGAUUCAUACUGACGUUUUACCUUCUAUACCAUUCUCAUCCCAAACGAAAUUGAAGAGGAGGUUGUCUUCCUCCACAAUGAGCCAGACAAUCAAGGAAAUCUCGAUCACAAUUACGUCCAAGAUGGAUAACUUGCCAACCGUCUCAUCAGAGAGCUGCAUCUACAGGGUCCCUGAGAAAUAUCUCCGAGCGAAAGAAGAAGCCUACACCCCUCAUAUCAUCUCGAUCGGCCCUUUCCACAGGAACAACAAGCGACUCCAUUCGGCGGAAGAGAUCAAGUUGAGAUAUCUCAAGAGUUUCCUCACCCGAAUCAAGGCUGACCUGUUGAGUUGCACACGGAUGGUGAAGGAGUCCGAAGAACAAAUCCGUGAAUGCUACCAAGAGAUUAUCACCCUUAGCUCCAACGAAUUCGUGGAGAUGAUAUUGGUCGAUGCUGCCUUCAUAGUCGAGCUUUUUAUACGGAACCACUUCAAAGAGUUGAGGGAUGAGCACGAUGCAAUCUUCGAUAAGCAGUGGAUGAGUGACGGAGUGUUCCAUGACCUGCUUCUUCUCGAGAACCAACUUCCUUUCUUCAUCCUCGAGAAAUUGUUCGACAAUGCCCUAAUGAAAUCUCCGGUCACCUUCUUCAAGCUCACAUUUGAGUACUUCAAGGACAUCCUCCGUGCGCAUGAGUUGGUCAAUACGAGGAUCCAAGUGAGGCACCUGGUGGACUAUGUGCGGGCCCUCCAGCUCCCGUCCUUUGCACGUGGCGUGACAAAAUCCCGUGGCAUUGCAAAGUUCGAGACGACCCGAAGUGCUACAGAGUUGAUGGAAGCAGGAGUAAGAUUUAAGCGUGGAGAAGGCAUUUGCUCCGUCCUCGACAUAAUUUUCCGAGACGGGGUGCUGCAGAUGCCACACUUCGUCGUACACGAGUGGAGCGAGCCGUACUACAGGAACAUGAUUGCAUACGAACAGUGCCACCACGACGACAAGUACAUAAGCAGCUACAUCGUUCUCAUGGACAGCCUCAUUAACACUCAACGCGAUGUACAAAUCCUCAUUCAAUCAGGGAUUCUCGAAAACCAACUCGGUUCAGAUGAUGAUUUAGCUACUCUCUUCAAUACCCUUUUCAAGGAGACGCUGAGAGAAUCGAGCCAGUUCUAUUAUUCAAAACUAUGUGAGAACUUGAACGCAUACAGCCGAACCCGGUGGCACCAGUGGAAGGCGGCCUGGCACCGACACAAAAUGAUUUUGGGGCGGGAAUACUUUAGCAACCCCUGGUCGGGGAUCUCUGUGGUGGCAGCAGUAAUAUUAUUGAUCCUGACUAUCGUUCAAACAGCUUGCUCUUUGGUAGAUACAUACGCAGGUGAUGCUCGGAAACUGUUUCGGCGUGGACAUAAUUCGUGAGUUUCUCGAACAUGUACUGAGUCUGACCCAGAUCAUAACUAUUCCUUUCAAUAUAUCCCAUAUUUUUCAUUGUUCAGUGAGUGGACUCAAUAGAAAUACUCAAGCUCUCUUCAAAGGUUGUACAAAAUUAAGGACCACGAAUGCGAUUACAACCACUAUCAUGUACAAAACUGGGUUACCUAGCUCACUGCCUAUAGGAUCGGGUGCGUUAUUGCGCACUAGGGCUCUGUGUCAAGAGUUGAUCAAUCCUGCAAUCUCUCUGAGUUUAUAGUUAAUUAAUAUGAGUCGUCGGACUGUAGGAAGGUCCAAGCUAGUCUACAAAGCAAAACACACAUAUAGCUUUAUAUCCAGUAAAUGUCACAGCAACUGUGCGAAUAGGAUGUGGAGACUCGAGAGAUGAU